AUGGUAGAAACGAGGCCUAGAAACUCGGAGCCGUGGUGCGUGCUCAAGACUGUGAACAGCGUGGAGUCACUGGAGCAUGAAGCAAAAGCCACGGGGGUGGUGGGUGACUCUCCAGAGCUCCUUACCCGCAACCUUUCUGACUAUCCCGUUGGCAAAGACCCGCAGGCCAUGAGGACUGGUCAAAGACGGAACAAAGGGAUGAGGACUCGACUGGGAUGCCUGUCUCACAAGUCCGACUCGUGUAGUGAUUUCACAGCUAUUCUUCCCGACAAACCUAACCGUGCUCUAAAGAGACUAUCCACGGAAGAAGCUACGAGGUGGGCAGAUUCCUUUGAUGUGCUUCUCUCCCAUAAGUAUGGGGUGGCUGCGUUCCGCGCCUUCCUGAAGACGGAGUUCAGUGAAGAGAACCUGGAGUUCUGGUUGGCCUGUGAGGAGUUCAAGAAGACCAGGUCAACUGCAAAACUUGUCUCCAAGGCCCAUAGGAUCUUUGAAGAGUUUGUGGAUGUGCAGGCUCCGCGGGAGGUAAACAUAGACUUCCAGACCCGAGAAGCCACAAGGAAGAACAUGCAGGAACCGUCCCUGACUUGCUUUGACCAAGCCCAGGGAAAAGUACACAGUCUCAUGGAGAAAGACUCUUACCCCCGGUUCCUGAGGUCCAAAAUGUACUUAGAUUUGCUGUCCCAGAGCCAGAGGCGGCUCAGUUAG